AUGGAAUGGAGCAAUCACACAGUGACGGACUUUAUCCUGCUGGGCUUCACAGCAGACCCUGUGAUGCAGCUGGUCCUAUUUGUGGUGUUCCUUGGUGUAUACUCCAUGACCUUAAUAGGAAAUAUCAUCCUCCUGUUGUUAAUCUAUAAUGAUUCACGGCUCCACACACCCAUGUAUUUCUUCAUUGGAAAUCUGUCUUUUCUGGAUCUCUGGCUGUCCUCGGUCUACACCCCGAAGAUCCUCAUGACUUGCAUUUCUGAAGACAAAAGCAUCUCCUUUGCUGGCUGCCUGGCUCAGUUCUUCUUCUCUGCUGGCCUGGACUAUAGUGAGUGUUACCUGCUGGCUGCCAUGGCUUAUGACCGCUACGUGGCCAUUUCAAAGCCACUGCUUUAUGCUCAAGCCAUGUCUAUAAAAUUAUGUGCAAUGUUGGUAGCAGCCUCAUAUCUUGGUGGCUUUAUUAACUCUUCAGUCAUCACCAAAAAAACAUUUUCCUUCAACUUUUGUGGUGACAACGUUAUUGAUGACUUUUUCUGUGAUUUGCUUCCCCUGGUGAAGCUGGCCUGUGGCAGGAAAGAUGGCUAUCAGGAACUGAUGUACUUCCUGCUGGCCUCCAAUGUCAUUACCCCCACUGUGCUCAUACUGGCCUCCUACAUCUUUAUCAUCGCCAUCAUCUUGAGGAUCCGCUCCACCCAGGGACGCCUCAAAGCCUUUUCUACAUGCACCUCCCACUUGAUCUCUGUUACCCUGUAUUAUGGCUCUAUUCUCUAUAUCUACUCUCGCCCUGGAUCUAACCAUUCUUUGGAUACAGACAAAAUAGUUUCCACAUUUUACACAGUGAUGUUCCCCAUGUUGAAUCCCAUGAUCUACAGUCUGAGGAAUAAGGAUGUGAAAGAGGCUCUGAAUAAGCUCUUUAAAUAA